AUGGAGAAAGGAUGGAAAAUUGAUCUACAGCGUCUUCGGCCACCAGCCUGGUCAUGCGGCACCAGAAUUGCACGGCCGCCUAGCUCGUGCUCCUGGUCUCGGGCUCACCGUGCAAGGGAUUACGACCGUCCAACAAUUCCGGAAACCGCGAAGCGCCUCUAUACAGCCCCCCGAGGGCAUAGGGUCGAGCUCCGAUGCCCAGCGAUCGGAUCCCCGGCCGUGGAUAGGAUUGUGUGGACGAAGAAUGGAGUGCCACUCACAGGGGUUGAUGGGGCAGCGUUGAGCCUGACCAAUGCGCUGGAGGGUGAUGCGGGUGUGUAUGGGUGUGUCGCGGAAAAUAUGGUCGGGAGAAGCGAUCAAUUUGAGAUGCAUUUGGUGAUUGCAGAAUCCCCAAGAUUCUCCGCUCGUCCUCCUCCCCUCAUCUAUUCCAAAGUGGGCGGGGCCAUCGAGGUGGAAUGUCUCGGUUUUGGCGAUCCGAUGCCCGUGCAGUAUUGGCUCCGUGACAAACGCCGUAUCUCCGGGUCGAAACUGACGAUUCCGUCAGUGUCCCGGGCCGAUCACGGUUCGUACAGUUGCGUACUCACCAACCCCGUGGCGACGGUGAAGGCCGAGCUCAAGAUCUAUGUACAGAAUACGAUCCCGCAGCCAGCCUCAAUUUCUUCAAUCGAAUGUUUGGGAGAGGGUGGCCUCGUUGUCGAGUGGAAUCCAGGCUACGAUGCGGGUCUCCCACAAAGUUUCACCCUCCACUACGAAAAUGUCGAAAUGACGGACGAGAGGGGUACGGUACGAUCGAAGGAUACGCAGGCACAAAUUGCUGGCCUGUCCCGAUUCGCGGGCUACCGUCUGGCCGUGGAAUCGACGAACGCGGAGGGAUCGAUAAAUUCGACGAUUCGCGAGAAAAAUGUAUGCUCACGACUUGUUGCCCCGCCUACCGUAGCCGUGAGCCCCCCAAGUGCCUCAAUAUACCAUCAGAAUGGUGCCACUCCGUCCCCAGCUGCCAGCCUGUUUUGGAUGGGCAUCGGCAGUGGCGUGUUCCUGUUUCUCUUCCUUUUCCUGUACUUUGUAGCCAGACGGAAUGGCUAUUUCUGUCAAUAUUCUGGGAAGCAGAGGCGAUCAUCGAUCCGGAAAUCGACUGGGAUAUCGGCCUACGACCCAGCGCAUGCGCCCGGCAAUUCGUUCAUCGGCGGCUCGGUGAAAAUCCUAGAAGACGGGCUGGACAGUGGCCAUUGGUCUGGCUCGCGAAACGACGCCAUCAACGGAUUCGUCCGCGAGCCGUAUUCCUACGAUGAGCUCGAGAUCGAAUGCUCGUCGGCAGUGGAAGAAAUGUUCCGCGAGCAGUACGUGUACGGACGGGCCGUCCAUCUCGAAGAAAACCCACGAGCGCUCAUCCUUGAAGAUUUACGGAUAGAACGGCUGAAAAAAGAGUGCCGAGCGGCCGCCCAAGAGAUC